AUGAUAAAAGUUCUCAAAAAAGUUGCAGAUUUUGGAAUUAUGAACGGAAAUUGGAACUAUGUUACAAGUUAUUGUGAUUAUCUUGAAAGAGUGUCACAUGAACUUGACGAAACAAUAUUAAAGACUAAACGCGAAGCAUCCAAACUCCAAAGUAUCUUUGAGGCCAUUUCUCCAAAUCAAGUUACUGAUCCGAGAGAAAAUGAGUCAGCUCCACCAUCUCAUCAGCGUCAAAAGUUCUUCCGUGGCUUCGAGCAAAGACCAGAACUAAAAAUUUCGGCAGAUCCAUACGGUGAUUUUCAGAAUGCAUUAAAUACGUAUAAGAAGCUACCAAAAUUCCCAAGAGAACGCUUACCAAACUCUUUUAUUAACAGAAUGAUGGACUUUUCACGACUUACUCCUGCACAUUUAUUCGAUAGAAUGAUUCCUUGUUUACGAACUCUCUCACAAGAGCUAGACAAAGUUAUGGACAUGAAAAUAGAUCAACCAAAUCAGACAUUUCGAGUUAAAUACACAUUAGAAAAAGCAGAAGAAAUCUUAAAUGCAUACGAAAAACUUAUAGUCGAGAAUGGAGCAAACAGAAGAGUUGAUGUCAUUGCUAGAGAAAAGCAAAUAGAUCCUCCGAAGCAAUCACCGCCAAAACCAAAGGCAGACGUUUUUGAAACAAUUGCAAAUUUAACUCCUAAGCAACUUAACGAAUUUUAUCACCUUAGAGGAACAGCUAGACAAGCAAAAAUGAUUGCUAUGAUGAGAGAAAGAGCUGCACACGAUUUCACAGAAUUUCUUCAGACUUAUAACGAAAAUCUCGAUCUAAAAGAGAAAGAAGAUUAUCUUAGAACAGCAGCACGCGCAUUCCAAUUACUUACAAACUCAAAACGAAAGCAUGCUUUAAUUUCAUCCAAAAUAAAUUGUUAA